AUGUUCAAGUAUCGGAUCCGCAUGUUUUUUAAUGAACUGAAAGUCUUGGUGUUUAUGCGAUCCGAUUCGAGACAGUCCGGCUCAGACACAGAGAGACGGUCCACCACCACCACCAUGCGAGGUCUGGGGAUGGGCGGCUGCGGUUGGCCGCCUUUCGUCGACUGCCAUUCCCGGGAUGAUGAGGAGGAGUACUACGGCAGCGACCCGCGGCCCCGGAGCCUGGCGUUUGAGGACAAGGAGCCCAAGCUUCAAGUGGGCCUGGACGCCGUGUCUCUGGCCAGCACCGCGAGCAGCCUGCGGACCCCCCAGUGCCGGAUCUGUUUCCAAGGCCCCGAGCAGGGUGAGCUGUUGAGCCCCUGCCGCUGUGACGGCUCUGUGCGCUGCACCCAUCAGCCCUGCCUCAUCCGCUGGAUCAGCGAGAGGGGCUCCUGGAGCUGUGAGCUCUGCUACUUCAAGUACCAGGUCCUGGCCAUCAGCACCAAAAACCCUCUGCAGUGGCAGGCCAUCUCUCUGACGGUGAUAGAGAAGGUGCAGAUAGCCGCCAUUAUCCUGGGUUCCCUGUUCCUCAUCGCCAGCAUCUCCUGGCUCAUCUGGUCCUCCCUCAGCCCCUCGGCCAAGUGGCAACGUCAGGACCUGCUCUUCCAAAUCUGCUACGGCAUGUACGGCUUCAUGGAUAUCGUCUGCAUAGGCCUCAUCAUCCAUGAGGGCUCAUCAGUGUAUCGAAUCUUCAAACGAUGGCAGGCUGUCAAUCAGCAGUGGAAAGUACUGAACUAUGAGAAAUCAAAGGACUUGGGCGACCCGGUGAGUUCGAGCAGCAAGGCCGGGGCUCGAGGCUCUCGCAGUAACCCCCACGGCCUCGCCAGCAGCAGCGCCGGCCGACAGAGCAGGAGGCUAAGAACUAUUCUGAACCACCACUGUGGAUACACCAUCUUGCACAUCCUGAGCCAACUGAGGCCCAACGACCCGCGGAUCAGCGCCGCCGCCAACCGGGAGGUGGUGAUGAGGGUCACCACCGUAUGA